AUGAAUGAAAACAAAGAUGUAAACAUUGACGAUAAACUUGCCCAGAGCAUAGUUGAUGGCAUCUGUGAUUUUGAAGUACAUAAUGACGGUGGAAGCAUGAAUUUAGAAAAAGAAGUUACAUUAUUCACACUGUUUCAAGCAAUUAAUUCAUUACCCAAUCAUUUAAUUAAUGAAGCAUACGAUAACGUUUAUAACUUCUGCAGUUUAACAGAAAAUGCAAAAAGUAAUUUUGAAAAAGCACGUAAUAGAUAUGCACAUUUAAUGACUUCUCCAUUUGUUUUGGUGAAGAUUCUAAAACUAUAUCAAAAAGAAUAUUAUGAUGAAUACGUUUUACCUUUAUUACGUAAGCCAAAAAUAACAUUUGAUAUCAAACUUGAUGACUCGUUUUUGAUAACAGAUAUUAGACGCAAGGCUGAAAAUCAUCAGUAUAAAAACAGUUCUGAAGUAAUUGAGGAUUUAUCACGUGUAAUCCGUUUUGUAGAUUCUGGAAACAAAUACUUCAUUCAAAAGGACUACAAUAUCCACGACAAAAUGAAUCAAAUAUCAUUCGUUCUUCAAUCAAACAUGAAAGAGUCACUCAAAAUGAUUAAAUUAUUUAAAGAAGAAGGUAAAACCAUAACAGCAUGGGAUUUACUACUAAAUCAAUUGUCUUCAUUAACAGUUAAAGGUGUUUGCUUUAAAUCUUAUUCCCCAGAUGUUUUCUCAACGUUUCAAGGUUAUAAAUACAACAUUCUCGAAAAACCAGAUUACUCAAAAAUUGAGAUGUUUAUGAAUUUCAUUAAAGAAGCCAUUUGUGAUAAUAACGAUGAAGUGUAUAAAUACCUACUCGGUUGGAUUGCAUCAAUGAUUCAACAUCCUGGAAUCAAGAAUGAAACAGCAAUUAUUUUGAAAGGACUUCAGGGAACAGGUAAAAACAGAUUUACAGACAUUAUUUCUGAACUUCUUGCCGGUUAUUCAUGCAAAAACAUUACUGAAAUAAGUGAGCUAACGGGUAAUUUCAAUUCAGUAGUUGAGAAUAAAAUGUUUCUUGUACUUAAUGAACUCAAGAAUGUAGGUGAAGACAGACUCGCAAACUUCGACGCUUUGAAAUCAAUUAUUACGGAUAAUGAGAUUAGAAUUAAUGAAAAGAAUCAACCCAGAAGAACUGCUCAGAAUGUUGCCAAUUUCAUUUUCGUAACUAAUAACGUUUACCCUGUCAAAAUUGAAGUUGGAGACAGAAGAUAUGUAGUUUUAAGAGUUAAUGGUAAAUUUAAGGGUCAAUUUGAUUACUUCAAGAAUUUGAUGGAUUCAUGCACAAAGGAAUUUUAUGAUAAUUUACUGACGUAUUUUAUACAAUAUGACCUUUCAUCAUUUAAUGUACGAAUCAUACCGAUGACUGAAGCCAAACAAGAUUUAAUUGAAUUAUCAACAAAUCCUUUAGAUGUAUGGAUAAAUACACAUUAUGAUGAAUUGUGUGCAGGUAUGACGUGUAAAAAUGCGCUAUUCUGCAAACCAUCAGACAUGAAAGACAAGAAUUUUCAAAUGAGCAUUAAAGAUAAAUGUGAUAGGAAACAGAGAAGAAUAGAUGAUAAACAGACGUGGUGUUAUGUUUUGAAAGAAGAAAUGAAAGGAUUAUAUAAACAGGUUGAACCAAACGAUAAUGAGGAUUCAUUUACUGACGAUGAAAUACCCGUAAAUGAAGCUUUAUAA